AUGGGAAACUACAAAUCCAGACCCUCGCAGACGUGUACAGGUAACAGAUCUAUUGUGACUCUGUCAGAAUAUUUGAAUAUUAGACUGGGAACAAGGUUACAUUUGAGGGGGGAACAACUCGUUGGUUUGUUUGUUUUUUAAAGUACAGGCAGCCAUUUUUCUGAAAAGUUGUGCAAGUCAUCAAAUUGUUAGUGAUUGACUAAAGAAAUCCAAGCUCAAAUUUAGUGCAAUAAACAUGUGUAUAUAUAUUUUUAAAACAUGCUUUCUUCUGUGUAUGGUCUGUAAUAUAUUUUAUAUUUGAAUGCUGAUGAUGGGGCGGUGAAGAUGAGUGGAAGAAGAAGGUGGGCGAGUCGUACUCUGUGAUCAGUGAGAAGUUGGAGGAUGACCUGCAGCUCAAAGAGAGCGAGCUCGCCGAUCUCAAUCUGGCUUUCAGGUGUUUCAGACACUUUCUCUUAAAAACAUUCAAUCCAGUCUGUCUGAGUUAUGAGUCAAUUGAACAGAAAGAAGCUGUCUUCUCUGCCUCCUGCUCACGUCUCUGUUGUUGAUUUUUUUGCGGGUCAGCUCCGACGAGGCUUUUCAGAAGGUGAACUUGUGCUACAGAACGGAGAAGGGGCUGUCGCUGCUGCACCUCUGCUGUGUGUGUGGAGGUAUGCAUGGCGACUAGAGUCUAUUUAUACCACCCAGACAAAAUGUGACAGUGCAGGGAAGGAUUACUCUGAACUGACUGACAUUAUUGUCUGAGGAUGACCUUUCUGCCAGUACUCACUUGUUGGAGACUAGAUUCUAGACAUAUGGAGGCAAACAACAAACCUGUAAAUGUUGUUUAGGUUUUCUAACUUCUCAGAAAAUAUCAUAACUGGUGAAACGUUUUACCAGCAUGUUAAUACAUACUUGUGAACAGGCAGCAAGGACCACAUCCGCACCCUGAUGCUCAAAGGCCUUCGUCCCUCAAGGUUAUCCAGGAAUGGGUUCACUGCACUUCACUUGGCUGCUUACAAGGUGGAGCAAACAGGAAAACAUUUACAUAAAGAUCUAAAUGUGUUUCUAAUAUUAUCUUUAGUUUAUUUGUUUAUAUAUGUUUUUAUUUUGGUGGAGUGCAGGUGUCCCACUGAGCAAUAUACGGCUAUUAGACGUCUAGUUUUUUUUUAGACGUAAUUUCAACCGUCUGGAUUCUGGAUAUUUUUAGAUGGAAUUUAGACGUUGCACUUCAACCCAUUAUCCGAUAACUAUUUAUUUAAAAAAGCAACUGUGAGUUGCAUAACUGAUCUUCAAGUACUUAAUUACCAAAGUAAUUAUGAUAGCCAUUGAGCAAUAUACAUUGUAGUAUAGAUAUAGCCUAGAUUUAGAUUUAGUCUAAAUUUAAACGUCUAAAAAACUGUCCUUUUUAGACCUGUGGCAGCCUGAUUUUAGACCAGUCGUCCAGGCUACAUCUAGACGUCUAUAAGACCCCCAAAAAUGCGCAGUGGGGUACAGAAAGGCAAAAUUAUCUGCAUGUCUUAGCUUCUCUGUUGUGAUAAAAACGAUUAGUCAAAGUUGCAUUAGUCAAAAUUAACUUUUAUCAUUGAGUCAAAGUGUCAGCUCUGUUUGUUUGUACUCAUCAGGAUAAUGCUGAGCUGGUGACUGCGCUGCUCCAUGGAGGCUCAGACGUGCAGCAGUUAGGUUAUGGGGCUCUCACUGCCCUGCAUGUGGCAACACUGGCUGGGCACCACGAGGUGAGAGCUGGACCAAUUUUCCUCAGUCCUGAAUCUGCACAUUUAUAAUCUGCCUUUUUUUCCCCCCAGGCUGCAGAUAUCCUCCUGCAGCAUGGAGCUUAUGUGAAUGUUCAGGAUGCAGUUUUUUUCACUCCCCUCCACAUAGCUGCUUAUAAUGGAAAUGAGCAGGUGCGUUGCUCGUAUUAACCGACCUCUUCUUUUUAACAGUAAAAACACAUAAAAUUGAUAAUCCACUCAGUUGAAAUACAUCAAAAAAAGUUAACAAAUGUCCUUUGUGUGUUUUCCUCUGUCUCUUAGUUGACAAAACUGCUGCUGAAGUUUGGUGCAGAUGUGAAUGCGAGCGGGGAGGUUGGAGACCGUCCUUUGCACCUGGCUGCAGCGCGAGGUUUCCUUGGUAUCAUCAAACUGCUGAUGGCAGAGGGCAGCAAAACCAACGGUGAGACCUUAGACCAGGGGUGGGAAAUUAUUUUGCCUGAAGGGCCACAUUGGGCGUUAGAUAUCACUGGAUGGGCCGGCCAGGUGGUGCAAAAACAAACCCCCAGAUGUGGAUUGGAGGUAAACUCAUAAUCGUGCUUGAUGACAGGGAAAAAUACUGAAGAAGCCUGUAAAUUAGCCCCACCAGAGAUGGUUGAUGAUGCUUUAAAGGAUCUUUGGCCCACUUUCUUGAGAGGACAUGUUAGCUAGCUGGAUGAAAGGGGGGAAUCUUUUGUCAAACAAAUCAGGCUUACAAUAUUUGGCUCAUUGAGUAAUGUUCCUUUUUUUGUGACGGCUCUGAGGGCCAGAUGAAACUGUUAAUCGGACCACAUGUGGCCCCUGAGCCUUAGUUUGCUCACCACUGCCUUAGACUCAAACUGUCCUUCUUUAUAUUCUGUAUUUACUAUGACUGAGUUUAAAGAACGGGUCAUUCUCUCCUUUACUCUUUAUUUUUUUAAUCGUUUUUAACGCCCUCAAUGGUCUUUCCCCUCCUUACCUGUCUGAGCUCCUGUAUCACCACUUCCCAGACACAGCCUUAAGGUCCUCUGGCCAGCUACUGUUGAGUGUCCCGAAAACCAGAUUCAAGUCUAGACGUGACAGGGCCUUUUCAGCAGUUGCCCCUAGACUGUGGAAUAGUUUACCUGGCCAUAUUAGAGCCUCUCAGACCUUAGGGUCUUUUAAAUCAUCUUUAAAGACCCACCUUUUCUCCCUUGCUUUUAAUAAAUGAGCACACAGGAAUCAGAGGCACUGUAGCUUUUAUUCUUUUACUGUCUGUAUUUUAUUCUACUGUUUUUAAUUUUAUUUUUAUUGUUAUCUAUUUUUUACUUCUUUUAUUUAUCCCAUGUACAGCACUUUGACUGCUGGAAGGUGCUUUAUAAAUAAACAUUGACUUGACUUUACUCUCUUAGAGUUGUAGGAUAGCUUUCACAUUACAGUAAUUUAGUAGAUCCUCUGGCUGACUCCUUGAUUUCCUUCUUUUCUCACCUCAUGGAAGAUGAUUCCUGUGGCUGUAACAUCUACAUGAAGGCUUUAUCUCCUUUCUUUUCUGCUCUUGUCUCCAGUCAAUGCCACAGACAAUGAAGAUCAUGUUCCUCUGCACUUCUGUGCCCGUUUUGGUCACCACGAGAUCGUCCGCUUCCUCCUGCAAGGCAACUUUGACAUACAGCCCCACUCCGUUAACAUUUACGGGGACACGCCGUUGCAUCUGUAAGUGCUCCACAGUGACUGCUAUGUUCUCUCAGUGUUUGUUGUGUGGCACAAAGUUGACUUGGAGUAAAUGUUCCCCAUCAGGGCCUGCUAUAAUGGUAAAUCUGAGGUAGUAAAGGCGAUCGUACAGCUAUCUGGCACAGACAGUCUGUCAAAGGAGAAUAUAUUCAGUGAAACAGCACUCCACAGGUACAGCUUCACACACUCGCAUCUAUUUAUAGACACAAAGACAAACACAUGCUUGGAAUGACAUGUUGUUAAAUUUAAUGCAGCACCUUUAACCUGCGUGAGGUGAUAAUGAGCGUGUGUCUCGUGUCACAGUGCAUGCACUUACGGUAAAGACCUGGAGAUGGUCAAGUUCUUGGUGAGCCAGAGUCCAAUGAACAUCAACCAUCAGGGCAGAGACGGACACACAGGUGACUUCCACUAUCUUUUGACCUCCUCUGAGGCAGGUGCGUUAUGAAUUAUAACUGUGUGUUGCCGUUGUUGUUUUCUUUGCUUAGCUCUUCACAGUGCCUGUUUUCAUGGGCACAUCCGCCUGGUGCAGUUCCUCUUGGACAGCGGGGCGGACAUGAACCUGGUUGCCUGUGACCCCAGCAGGUCCAGUGGGGAGAAGGACGAGCAGACCUGUCUGAUGUGGGCUUAUGAAAAAGGUGUGUUUGUGUGAAAACAAGCAGACUUUUUGAAAAGCAGACGUGAUAAAGAUUAAAUAUCGCACUUCUUGUGUUUUUAUCCCUCAGGCCAUGAUGCCAUCGUCACCUUACUGAAGCACUACAAACGCCCUGAUGACUCCCCCUGCAAUGAGUACUCCCAGCCAGGAGGGGGUGAGUUCCCCUUCUAAAAAAAUGAUCAUCUGGAUCUAAAUCACAAAAUCCCCCUCGUGUUAAUCUGCCUCAACAUGUCGGCUCUCUCCCAGAUGGCUCCUACGUUUCUGUGCCGUCUCCCCUGGGGAAGAUCAAAAGCAUGACUAAAGGUAGUGAGGUGGAGUGAAGCGCGCCACAUCUCUCCACACUUCACAUCACUGUCAGCUGUCAUCACAGCACACGCUCUCCGUCACUGAGGAGGGGCAUUGCUGCUGAUGAAAACACUCUGUUACUUUCCUAAACACUGAAAUGAUAUCAGCUGUUACAAACUGGAGUUAGAGAUUUUGGGGUGACAUAAGCAGUGGCCAGUUUGAUUUUAAGGGUAUCCAUGUUACUCUUUGCUAUCCACCUGGACACGCCCCUAAAAGAGGGAGCACAAGAGGCAAAUAUCUAAAGUGGGAGAAUGUAUUCUGUUUUAAUGAAGCUGAAAUUUAAGGCUUUUAAUUUUCCAAACAUAAGGGGGAAAUAUUCAAAUAUAAUUUUCUGACAAUUUAACAGUAGCUCAUGAAAGGAAGAGUAUUUUCUGAAAGUGCUGCUCUGCGUUUUUAGAGAAAGCUGAAGUUCUCCUGCUCAGAGCCAGCCUCCCGUCUCACUUCCACCUUCAGCUGUCUGAGCUGGAGUUCAAUGAAAUUAUUGGAUCAGGUAACUUCUUUCUGGUUUCAUUUUUUAGUCAGUACUUAAGUAAUCCGAUGAUAAAACUGAGCUGUGAAUCUGUUUCAUUCUCAGGCUCCUUUGGGAGAGUCUACAAAGGCAAAUGUCGGAACAAAAUAGUCGCCAUCAAACGGUACUUGUUAAUGUAGCAAAUCUGCAAAGAGGAAGAAUUUCUCAUUCACUGGAAAACUGUUAUUUUAUGCAUGUUUCUUUUUAAUCUUGUAGCUAUCGAGCCAACACAUACUGCUCAAAGUCAGACGUGGACAUGUUCUGCAGGGAGGUCUCCAUUCUCUGUCGUCUCAAUCAUCCCUGCAUCAUCCAGUUUGUGGGGGCGUGUUUGGAUGACCCCAGCCAGUUUGCCAUCGUGACCCAGUACGUCUCUGGUGGCUCCUUGUUUUCUCUGCUUCAUGAGCAGAAGAGGUGAGGAAGACUGCGGUACACACUGGAGCUUAUCCUGUUUCAUAAUCUUAAUAAUAUCAAUGCUUCACUGCCCGGUGAAACACGAUCACACUCUGGAUCAUUUAAGCUAUUCAUCAACCACACGGGCCAAGAGCUAUCUAAGUCCAGCCUCUUAAAACUGAGCCAAAGUUCUCCGUUUUUCAUCACAAUUAAACUCAGAAAUAAUCAGAUAAUUGGGCGGCCAUGUCCACACUUUUAGACUGGGGUGGCCCAGCUGGUGCACUGUCUGGAGCAGGGGUGGGCAAUUAAUUUUUACAUGGGGUCACAUGAGAAACCUGAACUGUGUUGGAGGGCCGAACCGACAAUAACUUCAACUUCAAAUCAGGGGGUUUCACACAUACAGAAACGCAAGCCCAAAUAAGUAACUACUAGUUAAAAACAAGCCCAAAAAAGCGCACCCACGACUCACGAGUUUUACAAGUGACUUCUAAGAGAAACAAGCCUAAAGUCUGAUAUAAUAAGCGGACUUGGCAGCUAUAAGGCGUCUAGGUAUAUUUUGACGAUGUGUAAACUUGUCUCUGUUCACAAAUCAGAUCUAGGAUGUUCGCACAUGCGUCCAAAUGGAAAUAAAACAGCUAGGUUUUCAAAAUAAAAGCAUCACACUUGUAUAGCAUGUUGAUGAUUUGAUUGACGGACCUCACGAAGGGCUGGGCAGGGACACCCAAAGGGCCGGAUGUGGCCCUCGGGCCGUACAAAGCUUUUAAUCUCUGUCUUCCCUGACUGAUUUAACUAUAAUUAUUGUUCCCUAUUCCUGUAUAAAAAAAGCAUGGCAACACAUAAAUUUUAAAACCUCAGCUACCGAUUGGACUGAAAACAAAAAGUUCAGAGUCUCAAAAUAAGAUAAUAACAAAAAAAGAAUGCCAGAAAAAAUUCUCAGGAAGCUACUGGCAGACUCUCUUACCAUCCCAAAUGAUUCAUAACAAAAAAAAGAAAAGUCUUGGACAAACAGAGCUUAGGAUCAGGGGUGUCCAAAGAGAGAGUGCCAGCCCUGACCACCCCUCCUGACACAUCCCUGUUGUGAAAGUAAGUUGAAGCUCCAUUGAAUCUUAGGUGGUCAGAUUUGCAUAAUUUGUUUCCAUUAUAACUUCUGUUGCGCAUAUCUAAAAUUAUGAAGCUGUUGUACAAAAGACUUAUUUUGGUUUGUAUUCAUGUGUACUGGAACAUAAGUAAUAAUGUAUAUUCUAUAUGGCCUAACACUUAGAUUUAUUCAUUCAGAAACAUAAUGUUUAAUCAUCGAGGGAAAUCAUCCCACUGAGCAUUUUUUGGUCUAAAAGAGGUCUAAUAGAUGUCUAAAUGUAGCCUAGACGACUGGUUUAAAAUCAGGUGACCACAGGUCUAAAAAUAAAAGUUUUUAGACGUCUAAAUUUAGACCAAGUCUGAAUCUGGGCUAUAGCUCUACUACACUGUAUGUUGCCCAACAGCUAUCAUCGUUAUUUUGGGUAAGUUCUUGGAGAUCAGCAAUGCAACUCACAGUUGCUUUUUGAGAUAAAUAGUUAUUGAAUAAUGGGUUAAAGUGCAACGUCUAAAUUCUGUCUAAAAAUAAACAGAAUCUAGACGGUUGAAAUUAGGUCUAAAAAAAAAAACUAGACGUCUAAUAGCCGUCUAUUGCUUCAGUCUACACUCUUUAAAGAUUACAACAUAGAGGCACUGUAAUAUUUGAUAUUGGGAAGAGGUGCUCUGAAAUUGUACAGUUCUUAUCACUAAUAUUAUUAGUAUUUUGUUGACUCCAUUACAUCACUUAUAUUUUCUCCUGCUUUUUUUGUACUCGAUCACUUUUUCUCAUUUACCUCCUAAGGGAAACUGCUUUGACGAGUGAGUUUUUCCUUGUAUAGGAUCAAUAAAGCUCAUCUUAUCUUAUCCCAUCCCUUACUCUCAUUACAGCGGUUAAAUCCUAAUGUUCAGGUGUAAAAAUAGCUCCAACUACCUUUAGAAGUAACCCAGUGAUUUACAAAGACAUGUUUGCACAGCACAGCCGACUGUUUCAGGUCUCAUUAUCCUCUUUGGAAGCUUCCUCUCACCGAUCCCUCGGCCCGGGAUCACCAUCGAUCCAGAUGAAGUGUUCUGCUAACUGUGUGGCCAGGUGCUGUCUUUAUAGACUGCCCUAUCGAUCUGUGUAAAGUGCUGUGUGUGAUUGGCAGGGACCAUUGAUCUGGCACUAAGUGGCUGCUGCUUUAAUGAUGUGUCAAUGGACAGGCUGAUCGACCUGCAGUCCAAGCUCAUCAUCGCCAUCGAUGUAGCCAAGGGCAUGGAGUACCUGCACAACCUCACCCAGCCCAUUAUACACAGGGACCUCAACAGGUGGGCGCCACAGUGCGUGUGCCGGGAUAUGUUAACAGUGUGGUAUAGUUGUUCUCAUUGCUAAUCAUUCAUGUCCCUGCAGCCACAAUAUCCUGCUGUAUGAGGAUGGACAUGCAGUGGUGGCAGAUUUUGGAGGUAAGAGACUUGUUGUUAUGUUUACUUGCUUUAAAUAAAAAUGAUAAUCUGAUUUACCUUUUUUAUGGUUUGAUUUGAAGGUAAGACACAUACAUGCAUGAGCAGAGCUUAUCUGUGUGAAAGGACACUCAUCUUUGGAUCUGGAGUUAAACUCAUACAUGAUGCAACAUUUGUUUGGCAUUGUAGAUACAUUUCCCAUAUUGAAUAAACAGCUGUAAGGUUUCUCCUCUUUUAAUUUCAUUCAUAAAUAUGCUCGGGAAAUGUUUGGACUGGUGGCCUUGUUCCCUUAAGUUUCACUUUUGUUAGCAUUGUGAAAUUCGUCCAGACUCAGUAGCUGAUUUAAUGUAGGGGACAGUGGGGUAAGUUGAGCUAAAGGGUAAGCUGAGCCACCCCCUGUUGCUUGUAAAUGGUAAAAGAAAUUGAUCAUGUGACCAAAUAUUUAGGCGAUGGGCAUCAAUUCAUGGAGUAUGUGAAGGUUAGAAGCACAUGGGUGAAGGGGUUAGACAUUCAUUUCCAAAAAGAAACAUUUUUCACUCUUGAAAGUGAAUUUAGUCUGUCAUAAGUUUUAUUAGAAUUGUGUUCAGACCAAAAAAGAUCAUUUUAAAUUUGUUUUAUACAUCAAUUGUGGUAUCUAUGAGCUACAACAUGAGGUCAAAAACCGAGCAUAAAAGUCCACCAUUUUAGCUUAGAGGACUAAUAAAGUCGUAAUAGUAGUUCUGGGGUAAGUUGACCAUGGGAGACCACUCUUUUUGGCAUGCUAUAUUAUCAAGACAGUUAUGUUUACACUCAUUCUGUUGGUUUGCAGGGAUGCACAACAUCUUGAAAUAUAUGUAGAUACAGUAGUUAGAGACAAAACUAUGAUUGCCUUGAUGUAGUGAUCUGAAAUAUGAAAAAUGGCACAUCUUACCCCACUCUCCCCUAUAUGUGAUUCUGCUUGAAACUAAGAUAAAGGACUUAUCUAUAGGCGGACAAUGAUGUGCCCUUCUCCACUGCAGAAUCUCGAUUCCUUCAAUCUGUGGAUGAGGACAACAUGACCAAGCAGCCAGGGGUCAGUGGUUUUUUGUCUUUUUUCAUUGACUCCCUCUCACCAUCUGCAGCAUGCAUGGACUCAGAAUAAAGGCAUUGUACAUUAUGCAGGGGGGGGAUGCUGUUAUUUUCCAGGAGUUAAACCCAGAGCUUCAGCUGGCACCUGCCAUCAAUUACCCAGAAGAAAAUCUGCCUUCAUGCAGAAUUUGUCUCAAUGUGCUGACUCAACACUGCUCAGAGUGCUUGGCCUGCACUUUGGUGUUAAGUGUGUUACACCUCAUGGGAACUGCCUGUUGUGAAGAAGUUCUUGCCCUUGCUGGGACACAGUGUUUAUAUCAGUAAUUGGGCCUCGUUUGUGUGUGUGUGUGUGUGUGUGUGUGUGUGUGUGUGUGUGUGUGUGUGUGUGUGUGUGUGUGUGUGUGUGUGUGUGUGUGUGUGUGUGACUGCUCUAUUCCUUGACGUACCAAAAUCAUUUGCAGUGCAGCACAGCUCUACUUGAACUGGUUGCAUUACUGUUUCCCCUGCAUGAUCACUUACAAGAGGGUUUUUUAUGUGUCUGUGUGUUCGUGCAGAAUCUGCGUUGGAUGGCUCCUGAGGUUUUCACGCAGUGCACUCGCUACUCAGUAAAGGCCGACAUGUUCAGCUACGCUCUCUGUCUGUGGGAGCUGCUCACUGGAGAGAUUCCCUUUGCUCAUUUGAAACCUGGUAUUUUUUUUCCUCACACUUUUUGAGUUUUCAUCAUAUUUUGCAGGAGAAAAAAGUUCUACUACUUUAUCCUCAUGCCAUUUUCAGCUUUCUGCUGUUAUCACUAUGCUGAAGUUUAGCAGGUAUAUUGUUAACCAUGCUCACUGACAUAGUUUUGCUUUAACACUACAGUUUUUCAAGACUGCAUCACAAUGAAUUAAAAACCACAGAAAGACACCACAAUAGUUCAUGAACACAAACCUAAAUCAUGGUUUAAUAACAUGAGAUCAUUUUCAUACUAACUAUAUGAUGGUCCCUUGUCGUCAGCGGCUGCAGCAGCAGACAUGGCCUACCAUCACGUCCGGCCUCCUAUCGGCUACUCCAUCCCUAAACCAAUCUCUGCACUUCUGAUGAGAGGCUGGUAUGCCUGUCCAGAGGUAAAUCACCUGAUUUCAUUUUUCGUUUGAGCUUCAAUCAUCAAAACCAGUUUCUAAUAAAAACUCCAUGUCUUUUUUAUUUAAAGUAAAUAUUAUAUAAUGGUAUAAAAUGCUGUUUAUAUCUGCUGUAAGCUGUGUGGUCCCUUGUGUACUCCACCAGGGGAGACUCAUAGUUUCAAACUGAUCCCAUCAAUAAAACAACAGGGACUCUUCAGAAACACUGACGCUGAGUCAGCUGCAAACACCAGUAAUAAACAUGACCUGAAUGUCCCUUGGUGAUACAUUACAGCACUGCUGUUCACUUUUAGGAACAAAGAUGACCUGGAUGAUGGCACAUUGUUUCUCUGCCUCAUUAAGGCACGUUUUAGCACAGCAGAGCUUGCUGGCACAUUUCUGCUUUAGUGGUAAUUUGCGAGCCAAGGUCACCAAUCUUUUGCAUCCUCUCUUUUUUUUGAAAAAGACACACAAGAGUGAGAUAAAAGUUUGUAGGGCUGGGAGAUACAGGAAAAAGUUUAUCACAAUAUUUUUUUUUCAUAUCAGUCGAUAUCGAUAGAAAUCACAAUACAGAAAAUAAAAUUUAACAGUGCUUAUUGGUAGUAUGUCUUUUGGAAUACAAUAAGCGACUGCAUCUGUGAGGUCUUUGUGUCUCUUCAACGUUUUGUCGUAAGACAUUGCUCUAGUGAAGGCAGACUGAAUGAUCAGCUGUUUGGGCUGCACAGUCAUCAUGGGCUCCUUUCUCUGCUCGGGGUUUGUAACCUUGUGCAUUGUGUGUGCUCUGCUGCAUGACACUGCCUCAGAUGGUGAAAAAGAUUUGAGGUAUUCUCCGACUUUGCGAGAACAUGUACUCGACAUAAUUUGCAGUGCACAUUACUCUGCUUCAUGUCCGACCUCAAAAAAACAAAAUACCUCCACACCACUGACGUUUUCGUACUAGUCUUGUCGACAAUGUCAUCAUCUGUUGAGUCUUCAUCUGCAUUUCUGCCGGGGGUAGCACUCAUUUUCUUUUUUUCUCACUGACAGUGCUGUCGGCUUCACAUGUUUAAGUGCUAUGGUUGCGUGUAGCUGCAGCCUGCUACUACGCCGUUGUUUGCUACUUGGUUCUAAUUCAGCAUGAUUGGUUCAGCGCGAAGCGGACCCGGAGCAACUCCUCUUUUCAUUGGCUAUUCGUAUAGUCUUAUCGAAAAGCAUAUUGACCAUGUUUUAUAUUGAUGUUGAGGGAAAUAAAUUUUCAGUGUAUAUUGUUAUGGUUUUAUCGCCCAGCCCUAAAAGUUUGCAUACAUCUUUGUUUGCACAUAUAAGUUCCCCAGUUUCUAUUCAUGACAGCUAAAAUCAGCACACUCAUGAUUUAUAAAUUAACAUUUUCGUAAGAAAAACACCUGAUUACUCUCUAAGAAUCUGUGAAAAGGAAAACAAGGUAAAGUGCUUAAAAUGAGAAGAUUGUAAAAGUCUGUCUUUCUGUAGUAUUUUCAUCUUGACUGUAUAAUAUCCCUGUGCUUUUGUAGUCUUUGUCUCAUGUUUUGAAGCGGUACAUAAGCAGGCCUUGACCUCUCUCUGAGGAUGUGAUGUAUAAUUGAACAGCACCAGGGUGGCACCGUUUGUUCUUUCACAGCGAGGCAAGAGAUCUGAGGAGUGUUUCUGAAGCAGUUCACCCCUGUUUUAUGUGUGGGUGGGAUAAAACAAACACAUUCUCAUAAAAGACUGUUCGGGGAAUAACUGUCUGUCUUUUGGUGAAUAUGCCUAAUACUUGUGAUUGUUCAGCACUGGAGCAGAAAUGAGUGUUAUUUGUUGUCUCCUAAUUCAGGACAGGCCUGAGUUCUCUGAAGUGGUGUCUAACCUGGAGGAAUGCUUGUGCAACGUUGAGGUAGAUUUCGUUCAUAGCUUUAAAUCUCAUUUUAUUUCACAGUGCAGUGAAUAACAUAUGUCGGUUGCUUUUGUGGCAGUUGAUGUCUCCAGCCUCCAGUAACAGCAGCGGCUCCCUGUCACCCUCCUCCUCCUCUGACUGUCUGCUGGGACGAGGAGGGCCCGGCCGGAGCCACGUAGCUGCCCUGCGCUCACGCUUUGAGCUCGAGUAUGCUCUGAACACUCGGGCAUACGCCUUCUGGAGUCAAAGGUACGAGAGCCCAAGUAUCUCCACAGACAGGUGAAGAUGGAGAGAGGGGGAAUAGUUUGCUCCACUAUGGCCAGAUUUCACCUAUAAUAUAAUAUAAUAUAAUAUAAUAAAAUAUAAUAUAAUAUAAUAUAAUAUAUGAAAUGAUAUGAUAUGAUAUGAUAAGUUAUUUAAAUAUAAUAUAACAUAAUAUAAUAUAAUAUAUGUGAUAUAAUAUGAUAUAAUUUAUUAAAAUAUAUAAUAUGAUAUAAUUUAUUAAAAUAUAAUAUAAUAUAAUGUCAUUUUCAAUAUAAUGGGAACACAGACAUAUUGUAGCAGCAGACCUGCACAAGCACACAGUAUCUACAUAUCUACAUAUAGAUGUCUAUGGAGCUAUAUUUAAAUACCUUUACUCUCUUAUUAUGAGAAAGUCAUCUGUAUAAAGUUAUUUUUUGCAGGUCAUUAGGAGGCAUCACCAUUCAUUUCAGUCCAUUUCAUAACCAGCUAAAAACUACUUACAGGAGCUUUAAUUUUGGUCUGUUUUAUGGCUAGUUAAAAAUUCCUCACAGAAUCUUUAAAAUUACUUAAAUUACUUAUUUCUUCAAUGCAAAUACACUCAGUCAACCUAAGCACUAGAUUAAAAAAGGUUAAGGGUUCUGUUUUAGCUUGGCUGUGUCCCAUAGACAGUUAUUUACCUCAAACAUCACGUCUUAACUGAAUCUAAUUUGUAGGAUCAACCUCCUCUGAACAUUGGUUUUGUCUGCGACUCCUAGACCAGUUUAAACAGUUACUACAGUAAAGAGUGGAGUUGCUCGGAUACCCAACAGGAAACAAAGGAAAGAAAACCCAAUAAAACAUGCAUGGCAUUCUGAACGAGGAGGAAGGUAUCCAUUAGAUGCCUGGCUUUGAGCCUGUGUACUGUGACUCAGUGUUUGUGUGUUUAUGUGAGUCUGUGCGUGUGCGUAACGGGGCUCAUAGCUUGGUAACAGUCUCUAUGAAACCAGUCACAGGACAGUGGGUUAUUGUGGGGUGGCAAUGACUUUUCAGGAGUCCCUCGGUGCCCCGUCAAACACCAGAUGAGAAAUUUCUGCAUGUAGAGUACAUAUCCCUGAAAGAUGCAUAUUUCUAUUAUAUUAUAUUAUAUUAUAUUAUAUUAUAUUAUAUUAUAUUUUCAGUGCUGUUCGAUAAAAACGAAAACUUUCUUUUAUGAAGUGGUAAUGAACUGCACAUUGUGUCUCUGCUGAUCCCCUCAAACCUGUCAUUAAUGUUGAAUACAGUCCCCCCUGCACAGAAAGUGAGAGCAGCAGGUAUUAUGUGGGACAUUACAUAUUAAGUUUCUUCUGCCUCUAUUUGACUCCAUCUUAUCUGCCUCUCUCCAUGUAAACAAAGCAGUAUAUAUUUCUGAACUAGAGUUGUUUAGCAGCGGAUGAGAGUCACGGUUGAUGUUAUGUUUUUAAUUUUUCAGUGAGCAACGCAGAGCAUCUGGAGGCCUUUCACUGGAGGAGCUCCGCAGAAACAUGCAGUUUUCUCCCAUCGACAGAAAUGGUUUGUUAGCAGAGUGACAGUGUCUGACUUUUCUGUGUUUUAAAGCAGUUCAACACUUCAGUUUAUGCUCAGUGAUAAGGAGAACGCUACUCAUUGUUGAACUUUAGUAGGAUAGCUUACUCUUUGCCAUUUAGAUAUGUUUUUAAACUAAUGUUUUUCUUUGUUUUAUCACCAAUCUAAUACAAGUUGACUUGAUCAUCAAUGGUGCUAUGAAAAAAUCUAUGUGAGAAACAGUGUAGAAACAAAUAUGUUAAAUCAGCUCAUAUGUUACAGGGGGGAAUUCAGUCAUUAUAUUUGAUCUGUAACAUAAUAUAGCAGAGAAGAAAAGAAAUAAAGAGAGAGAAAACAAAUAGGACAAAAAUCAGUUUGUCCGAAACAAAGGAAGAAAAAAAACAACAACAACAAAAGAAAAACAGCAGAAUAAGACAAAACGUGUAAAAGCACAGCAUGUAGAAGUGGAAAAAUCACACAUAAUACUGCACAGUUAGGUUUAAUUUUAGACAAUGUGGCCCAGAUUAAUAUCAGAAUUGAACUGCUGGGUUAUUAGAGAAAUUACAGACUGUUUUAUAUCAUAUUUUACUGGUUAAAAUGAGGUGAGACUGGUUCUUAUUGUAUUCUUAUUGUAAAAAAAAAUGAAAUGUUGAGACCAAAACCAUUUUUCAAUUACUCAGCUCUAAAUAUGCAGGUUCAUUCAGAAACAGAUUCAUUCCUGUCCUCACAACUGGAUGUUUAUUUGUUUGUGAAACAUGAUCAAAAAGUAGGAGACUAAUUUCAGCAGAGGAUGAACACAUUUACUGUUCAAGCAAGUAAUUUUUUCACUGGGAUAAUAUAUAUGAGCCAAAUUAACAACCUUUUCGGUCUGAUCUAUUCAUUGAGAUUCAAGUAGAACCUCACCAGCUUCAAGAGAUUUGUGUUAAGCGAUCAUGAAUGUCACAGUUGUCUUUAUUUUGUGUCCAUUUCAGGUUACGUGUCUGAUCCUAUGAGCACCAUGAGAUUCUGCUCUUCCUUCAGCAGCAGCGGCAGCUUUGAGGACAGUAACUAA